AUGUCUACACUAUGGAUGCUUCUGGGCCUCCUGGCCCUGACUGGUUCAUCUGAAAGCAGCAGUUGGGGAUGCUAUGGAAAUAUCCGGACCCUGAACACCCCAGGAGCAUCUUGUGGGAUUGGAAGACGUCAUGGCUUGUCCUACUGUGGAGUUCGUGCUUCUGAAAGGCUGGCUGAAAUAGACAUGCCUCAUCUUCUGAGAUAUCAACCCGUGAUGCGAACUGUUGGCCGGAAAUACUGUGUGGAUCCUGCAGUGAUCGCUGGUGUCUUGUCCAGAGAGUCUCAAGGAGGCAAUGUUCUGGUCAACACAGGCCACGUGGGAGAUGGAAUCAGGGUGGUUCAGGACCGAAAUUUUUAUGCUCCUACAUCCUGGAUGAGUGAGUCCCAGGUCUCCCAGAAAAUUGAAGUUCUAACUUCUAGAAUCAAAGAAAUUCAGACCAGGUUUCCAGCAUGGGCCCCUGACCAGUACCUGAGAGGUGGACUUUGUGCCUACAGCAAGGGUACAGGCUUUGUCAGAAGCAGUCAGGAUCUGAACUGUGACUUCUGCAAUGAUGUCCUGGCACGAGCAAAGUACUUCAAGAACCAUGGCUUCUAG